AUGCCAAAAGAGAAGCAACGUUGGUUACUUAAUGAAGUGCCUCCCGAGGUGUGGGAAAAGGCCAAUGAAGAUAAAGUACAAAAAUGGAGUUGUCGGGAGAAAAAGCCACGGAAGAAUCCUUAUCCUGUGCGCUCACCAUCAAAGACGAGAGAUCCGCAGAGCAUAACUUUCAAGUGUACAGUAUAUGAUAUAUUCAAAGAAAAUCCACAAGCGCUAUUAGAUAAAGAUGUAUGGAAAAAUAAGAAAGCAACAAGACCUCGAAUAAAACAUCAGUCUGUAUUUGAGACGACUAUAGACAAGACUAGACCAGCACCACCUCCUAUGGCAUGGGACGAUCUUGUUAGACAUGUUGACGAUCUUGAAUUAGAUAAUUCUAGCUUGGAAAUCAUGAAGAAACCCAAAGUGACUUGGCGGGGUGAGCCGUCAGAUGUAUCUAAUCUGCCACAUAUCGAUUCUCUACAUCGUGUUGAGCGACAAGUGAUCUCUAUACUACGUAUGACGCCAGACGCAUAUAUGCAGACGAAGUACGUUAUUUUGGCUGCUGCGAGAGAAUAUGAAGAGAGAAAUUUGUUAUUCCGGAAGGUAGAUGCGCAAAGGGUAGUACGUAUUGAUGUUAGUAAGGCUUGCAAAUUGUGGGAAUUCUUCCGGCAAGCAGGCUGGAUCAAAGCAUAG